AAAAAUAAAAGUGAUGUACUACUAGGCAGGUCUAGGUUUAUAUAGACUAUCCGUAGCCAUAAGAGAAAAUGGCAAAUUUAAUAUAUAAUGCAAAAAAGAAUAAGGCUAUGAUGUCAAAUUAUCAAUCAAAAACACUUAGUUUUUUUCUUUCUUUCUUUCUCUCCCCUCCUUCAUCAUAAAUCUAGGGCUUUCCAAGAAUCUCUAUCACACCCUCUUCCCAAAAUCUCGCCUAUUUUUCCUCUCUCCACUCACUUAUAGAAGAUAGAUUAUACACAUAGAGAGACACAUCAAUCCAAAGCUCAUACUUACAAAUAGGAAUAUUUAUAUAAAGAAUAAACUAGAAGUAAAGGAUGGUGAGGGGCAAAACGGAGAUGAAGAGGAUAGAGAACGCAACAAGCAGGCAAGUGACGUUUUCGAAGAGAAGAAAUGGACUCUUGAAGAAAGCCUUCGAAUUAUCGGUCCUUUGUGAUGCUGAAGUUGCUUUGGUUAUCUUCUCUCCAAGAUCCAAACUCUAUGAGUUCUCUAGCUCUAGUAUAGCAGCAACAAUUGAACGCUAUCAGAGACGAAUAAAAGAAAUUGGGAAUAAUCAUAAGAGAAAUGAUAAUUCUCAGCAAGCGAGAGACGAAACAUCUGGAUUGACAAAAAAGAUUGAACAGCUAGAGAUAUCUAAACGAAAAUUGCUUGGAGAAGGCAUUGAUGCAUGUUCCAUCGAGGAGCUGCAACAGUUAGAGAAUCAGUUGGACCGAAGCUUGAGCAGGAUAAGAGCCAAGAAGUACCAAUUACUCCGUGAAGAAAUUGAGAAGUUGAAGGCAGAGGAGAGGAAUCUCGUUAAGGAAAAUAAAGAUCUGAAGGAGAAGGUACAGUUUUAGCAUCUUAUAAAAGGUAUUAUUUUUAUGAUAUGUUAAUAUGUUGCUGAGUAGAAGAGUUUUUUCGGUGAAAUUGUGAAAAUAAAAGUGGCUUGGAAUGGGAACAGCAACAAUAGCAUCAUCACAAUCAACGUUAUCAUCAUCAGAAGUGAACAUAGAUGACAAUAUGGAAGUGGAGACUGGUUUGUUCAUUGGACCUCCUGAGACAAGACAAUCCAAAAAAUUCCCUCCUCAAAAUUAAUCUUACAACUUCUUCAAAAAGAAUGUUUUAACUAUAUGAUGUAAGAACUUUUUAUCUUUAUAUAUUUUCGUCCAAAAAAAUUGAGAUGUAAUAAUUAAUAUGUUCUUAAUCAAAGAGUUAAA